AUGGAUGAACAAAAUUCAAAAGUCUCAGUGAAAGUAGCAUCAACACAGUAUGAUAGCAUCCAGUCACGGCCACUUAUCACUCAAGCUUUCUCCUUGGUGUGGUUGGAUGGUAAUAUUGACCGAACCGCAGAACGUUAUCGAAAUACAUUGGUAUAUCUGCAGAACUUAGCGAACGAUGUCUAUACAUUCACGCAGCUGGAUGAAUGUAUCGACUUUGUCACAGAAGUCGAUGAUAGAAACGUAUUCCUCAUUCUAUCAGAUACUAUUGGCAAAGAAAUAUUGUCCCUCAUUCAUGAUAUUCGUAAUCUGCAAAGUAUUUACAUUUUUGGCGAGCACGAAGUUCAACACGACGAUUGGAACAAUAGUUGGAACAAAAUAAAGGGCAAAUAUGUCGAAAUCGUACCCAUUUUCGAAGCACUAAAAAAGAGCAUCAGACAAUUUAAUCAAGAUGACAUUUCACUAAGCUUGAUCAAUAUAAAGGAAGAAGAUUCCAGACAAAAUCUCGAUCAACUGGAACCUUCGUUUAUGUAUAUUCAAAUAUUCAAAGAAGUUCUCUUUGAAACCGACCGUACGGAACUAAACAAGGAAGAUUUUGUUCGAUUUUGGCGGAAUGAAUCUAAGAAUAAUAGCAUAACGUUGAAGAUCAUCGAUGAGUUUGAACGUGAUUAUUGUCUACAAUCAACAAUUUGGUGGUAUACUCGCCAAACUGCCAUCUAUGAGAUGCUGAACUGGUCUCUUCGGAAACUAGAUUCAAGAAUAAUGAUGAAAAUGGGCUUCUUUAUUCGUGAUCUUCAUUACCAAAUUGUAGAAUUACACAAGCAACAAGUAAAAAAUUAUCAGAUAGACCCUCUUAUUGUUUACCGAGGACAAGGUUUGUCCACCAGUGAUUUCGAGAAACUUCAGAAAAAUCAAGGAGGUUUGAUGUCUUUUAAUAACUUUUUAUCAACCAGUAAAGAUCAAGACACUUCCCGUGUUUUUGCCGAAUCCAAUUCAUCCAGAAGCCAUACAGUAGGGGUCCUUUUCCAGAUUUCCGUUCAUCUCAUGGCAUUCUCUACUCCUUUUGCCUCAGUUAAGGAUCUGAGCAAUUUCAAUUCAGAAGAAGAGAUUCUCUUCUCCAUGCACACUGUUUUUCGUGUCGGCGAAAUCAAACAGGAAUUCGCUGGUAGUCCUGUGUGGACAAUACAAUUAACUCUCACCGACAAUAAUAAUCCACAGCUUGCUGCUAUCACUCAAUGCUUGCGAGAGGAGACUCAAGGAUCCACAGGUUGGUAUCGGCUUGGUAAACUGAUGAACAAACUUGGUCACUUCAAUCAAGCUGAAGAGCUCUACAAUGAAUUACUCAAUGGUGCUCCCAAUGACAACGAUAGAGCACAUAUCUAUCACAUGCUUGGAAUGCUAAAAUUUCAGCAAGGUGAAUAUAAAGAAGCAGCUUUAUUUUACGAAAAGUCUCUCGAAGUCGAGCGAAAAACUCUCCCACAAGACCAUUCAUCAUUAGCCACUACAUACAGUAACAUUGGUGGGUUGUAUGGCACCAUAGGUGAUUACUCAAAAGCACUCGAAUAUUACAAUAAAGCACAUAAAAUCCAAGAAACAGUUUUGUCACCGAAUCCUUCCGAUUUGGCCUACUCCUACAACAACAUAGCUCUAGUCUAUCAAUACAUGGGUGAUAAUUCGAAUGCAAUUGAAUUUUACAACAAAGCACAUAAAAUCAAAGAGACAUCUCUGCCACUGAAUCAUCCCUCAUUGGCUACUUCCUAUAGCAACAUUGGUACACUGUAUAACAACACGGGCGAUUACACGAAAGCGCUUGAAUAUUGCACUAAAUCUCUGAAGAUAAGAGAAAUAACUCUGCCUUCAGAUCAUCCCUUAUUGGCUAUUUCAUACAACAACAUUGGCCAAGUGUAUGAAAAAAAGGGUAAUUACUCAACGGCACUUGAAUUUUACAUGAAAUCACAUAAAAUCCUUGAGAUAGCUGUACCUGAGAAUCAUCCCCAUUUGGCUACCUCAUACAGCAGCAUUGGUGGAGCAUAUGACAGCAUGGGUAAUUAUUCGAAAGCACUUGAAUUUUACAACAAAGCGCAUCAAAUUCAACAAACAGCUUUGCCUUCAAACCAUCCUACUUUGGCUCUCUCCUACAACAAUAUAGGUUUAGUAUAUCACACCAUGGGAGAUUAUUCCAAAGCGCUUGAAUUUUAUAACGAAUCGCUUAAAAUAAGAGAAACAACUCUGCCUCCGAAUCAUUCAGAUUUGUCCUCUUCUUACAACAAUAUCGGUGGAGCGUAUGACAACAUGGGUGAUUAUUCAAAAGCACUUGAAUUUUACAACAAAUCACUUAAGAUAAAAGAAAAAUCUGAGCCUCUGAAUCAUCCAGAUUUGGCGCUCGCUUACAACAAUAUCGGUGGAGUGUAUAACAACAUGUGUGAUUACUCCAAUGCACUUCAAUUUUACAACAAAUCACUGAAAAUACGAGAAAUAGCUCUAUCACCAAAUCAGCCCGAUUUGGCUUUAUCUUAUAACAACAUCGGUACAGUGUAUUACAACGUAGGUAAUUACUCAGAAGCACUCGAAUUUUACAACAAAGCCCGUAAAAUCUUCGAAAUAUCUUUGCUUCCGCAUCAUCCCUUAUUGGCUACGUCAUACAACAACAUCGGGAAAGUGUAUGGUAGUAUGGGUGCUUACUCGAAAGCCCUUGAAUUUCACCAGGAGUCGCUUAAGAUAAAAGAAAAAAUGCUGCCUUCGAGUCAUCCUCAUUUGGUUGCUUCCUAUAAUAACAUUGGUGCAGUGUAUGACAGUAUGGGUGAUUACUCCAGAGCCCUUGAAUUUUACAAGAAGUCGCUUAAGAUAGCAAAAGCAGCUCUAUCGCCGAACUAUCGUGAUUUGAUUAUUUCAUAUGACAGCAUCGGUCUAGUGUACAACAACAUGGGUGAUUACCUGAAAGGUCUUGAAUUUUACAACGAAUCACUGAAGAUAAGCGAAAUAAAGCUACCUCCAAAUCAUCCAGAUUUAGCUAGAUUAUACGGUAUUAUCGGCGUACAGUAUAGCAAUAUAGGUGAUUACUCGAAAGCACUCAUAUAUUUGGAAAAAGAUCUAGAAAUUAAGAAAAAAAUACUUCAAGAUGGAGAUGCAGAUUUUUCUUUCACUUAUACUUGGUGUGGAAGAGUUUAUCGCAGUUUGAAAAGUUAUUCUAAGGCACUAGAAUGUUUCACCAAGGGUCUGGAAAUAGAUGAAAAAACAUUAUCCGAUAGGCAUCCAGAUUUGGGUAUAUCAUAUAGUAAUAUUGGCGAUACACAUAGAUUAAUGGGUGAUUAUGAGAAAGCAUUAUCGUUUCAUGAAAAAGCGUUAAGUAUUCAAGAAAGUGUGGCAUGUAAUCCUCUCCAUUGUGCUACAACAUAUAUAAAUUUAGGUGAAACUUAUCGUGAAAUAAAAGAUUAUUCAACAGCAUUAUCAUAUUAUCAAAAAGGAUUAGAAAUUCGUGAAAAUAAACUAUCAAAAAAUCAUCCUAAUGUGGCUGUCGCAUAUCACAAUAUGGCGAAAUUAUAUUUAGCUACUGGACAAUAUAAUAUGGCCAUGAAAAAUGUUCAACAAGCAUUAGAGAUUGGACAAGAGAAAUUACCUACAUCUCAUCCUCAUCUAUUAGAAUAUAGAGAAACGUUUGAACAAAUUCAAAGAAAUAUGUAG